AUAAAGUUCUAAGCGGGCUCUUCGUCGCAUCAAAAAAUCGCUUUUGUCAACGACUCCACCGUUCAGUUCGUUGGACAGACAGAGGCGAGAUGCAAAUCUUCGUCAAAACCCUCACGGGUAAAACCAUCACUCUCGAGGUUGAGUCCUCGGACACAAUCGACAAUGUCAAGGCCAAGAUCCAAGACAAGGAGGGUAUUCCCCCAGACCAGCAGCGCCUGAUCUUUGCAGGCAAGCAGCUCGAGGAUGGCCGCACGCUCUCCGACUACAACAUCCAGAAGGAGUCGACCCUUCACUUGGUCCUCCGUCUGCGUGGUGGUGCUAAGAAGCGUAAGAAGAAGACUUACAACACCCCCAAGAAGAUCAAGCACAAGCGCAAGAAGGUCAAGAUGUCCAUCUUGAAGUACUAUAAGGUGGAGUCCGACGGCAAGAUCAAGCGUCUCCGUCGUGAGUGCCCCUCUGCCGAGUGCGGUGCUGGUAUCUUCAUGGCUUUCCACAAGGACCGUCAAUACUGCGGCAAGUGCGGUUUGACCUACAUUUUCCAACCUGGCACCAAGCCCCCUGCUGUCUAAGGUGCAAGUUACGAGUUGAUAGUCUAGUUGUAUAGCGCUUCUGUAUUACCUUUCGACCACCUGUGUUGUAUGCACGUCACGAAUGCUAUCCUCAUGCUCCUAUCCU